AUGGAUCCAGCGUCGUAUGUUGAUCCGAACCUGACGCAGCCCGACCUGCUGGUGCUCAAGUGCCUGCUGCGAGAGGCGGAGGGCCAGCCGGAGACGCAGACGCAGACGCAGACGCAGACGCAGACGAGCAGCGGACUCGCCGGCAAUGAUAAUAAUGGAGCGAGCGGCCGCAGGACGAGGACGGGAAGAAGCAAUGGUACGGCAGUUUUAACUUGGGCAGACGUCGCAUUUCUUCUUCUUCUUCUUAUUUAUUCUGCUUCGGCUGCUAACCAGCUAGUUUCAGGCACCUACUCGCGAGCUUCGGACGACAGAGCUGCAGACGACGCGGAGGACGAGCGAAAGACCAUCGAGCACCUGCGGAACCUGAACGACCCGGCGCAUGCAGACUUCGAUCCGACCGUCUUCGUCUCGUGGGACACGCAGAAGCUGCCCUUCCCGGCGGCGGUGCAGCAAUGGCUGAUCGGGCCGUACAUCGCCAGGGCGCGGCGGCUUGUCCGGGUCGAGACGGACGUGGCGAUGCUCACACACCUGCUGCUGUACUUCAGCACCUCCGUGCCGAGCGCGGUGCUGCUCUUCUGCCGCUUCAGCUGGCUGCACGGCGUGCUGCACUUGCUGGUGCAGGCGUGGUACAUGGGCACGUACACGCUGAUGAUGCACCAGCACAUCCACAUGGGCGGCAUUCUGAACCGCAAGUACUGGCUGUUCGACAUGCUGUUCCCUUACAUCACGAACCCGCUGAUGGGCCAUACGUGGAACUCCUACUACUACCAUCACGUCAAGCACCAUCACGUCGAAGGGAACGGGCCCGAGGACCUGUCGUCGACGAUCCGCUACCAGCGAGACGAGCUGCGUGAUUUCCUGGCGUACGUGGGCCGGUUCUUGUUUCUGGUGUGGAUCGAGCUGCCGCUUUACUUUGCGCAGAAGGGCAAGUAUGGGAUGGCGGCGAAGGCUGCGGGCUGGGAGCUGAGCACGUACGCUGUGCUGGCGGUGCUGUUUGUGCGCGUGGAUGCGCGGGCGACGGUGUUUGUCUUCCUGCUGCCGCUGCUGCUGAUGCGGAUUGCGAUGAUGGUGGGCAAUUGGGGCCAGCAUGCGUUGGUGGACGAGGUCGACCCUUCGUCUGACUUUCGCUCCAGCAUCACCCUGAUUGAUGUUCCGGAACAGGCACUUGUGUUCCGCAACAUCGACUACAUCAUGAUGACGGUGAAGCUGCUGCAGAAGGACUACGACUACCUGGCCCGAUGUCUGGUGCCCAUUGGAGAGAAGCAGAUCAGCAUGACGAUGGAAGAGCGGGCAGCGAUGCUGAGAACCAAGACCAGACGGUUCAGCGAGGAGGAGAUUGCUCGGUUGUUCAAGUAG